AUGCAAUCCCUCUCCCUCCUUCAUGUUGCAACAUUGGCCAUGGAGAAAUUUCACCACCUUGCCCUACUUGGACUUGUGUUACUAUGUUUUCUUUCAGCUUCCUUCGCCAUGCUCCCGACCAAUAUUACCACUGAUCAGUCAUCUCUUCUUGCCUUGAGAGCUCACAUUUCAGUUGACCCUCUACAAAUCUUGGCCAAAAACUGGUUUGUUGGCUCUUCGGUCUGCGAUUGGAUUGGAGUCUCUUGUGGCUCUCGUCAUCCUAGAGUGACUGCCUUGGACAUUUCAACCAUGGGCCUUACCGGCAUCAUCCCUCCACAACUGGGAAAUCUAUCAUUUCUUGUUUCUCUUGACAUGAGUGCGAACAACUUCCAUGGAGAACUACCACAUGAGUUUGUUGGAUUGCGCCGAUUAAAACUCCUUAAUUUGAGUGUCAACAAUCUCGAAGGAGAGUUACCCUGGUGGAUUGGUUCAUUUCCUCAACUUCUUUGCUUGUCUCUCAGUAACAAUAGUUUCACUGGUCUUAUCCCUUCUUCCAUCUCUAACAUGUCAAAGCUAGAGGGGAUAAGUCUUUCGUACAACCUUCUGCAAGGAAACAUUCCCACGGGGAUUUUCAAUAUUUCCUCCCUCCAAUUGAUUCGCCUAACGGGUAAUGGCCUAUCUGGAACUAUUCCAAGUGAUAUGUGUCACCAUCUUCGAGGACUAAGUUUGCUUGCCCUGUCACAGAAUAAGCUGAAUGGUCAAUUACCCUCAAGUUUAGGCCAAUGUUCAGAACUUCAGACACUGUCUUUGUCUUUCAACGGCUUUACAGGAUCCAUACCGAAAGAAAUUGGGGACCUGAAGAAUCUCGAGGUGCUAUUCUUGAGUUACAACUAUUUAGAAGGUGUCAUACCACGAGAGAUUGGCAACUCGUUCUUUCUCCAACAACUCAGCUUACAAUUCAAUAGCUUAACUGGUUCCAUACCAAUAGAGAUCUUCAACCUCUCAAAGUUGAGUAUUAUGGCAGUUACACAAAAUCAACCUCCAAUAACUGAAUUAAAGGUAACCAUUCUUGGAUCAACAUUCUCUAAUUAG